AUGCAGAUCCUUACGCCUCACGUUUACUGGGCUCAGCGGCACGGAGAGAUUUAUCUCCGGGUGGAGCUGAGCGACGCCAAGAAUCUUGAAGUUAAUCUCCAAGACAACACAAUUGAGUUUAGAGCACAAGGCCAUGGAGCUAAAGGAGAUAAUGAAUACACGUUUAGUUUGGAGUUCUUGGAAACCAUCAGACCUGAGAUUGAACAUAAAUCAACAGAGCGUCAAGUAGACAUCAAAAUCAAAAAGCAGGAAGAGCGCUGGUGGGACCGUCUGACAUUGCAAGAGAAGAAGCCUCUCUUUUUGGCUCCUGACUUCAACCGCUGGCUGGAUGAGUCUGAUGCUGAGAUGGAGCUUCAGGCUAAGGAGGAAGAAAGGAUAAACGAGAUAAAUGUGGAGUCGAGAGUUCGUAAAGACCCCUAUCUAGGCCUGAAGAAAGGCUACUUAUUCAUGUACAAUCUGGUGCAAUUCCUUGGAUUCUCCUGGAUCUUUGUCAACAUGACCGUCCGACUUUUCCUUCUUGGUCAAGAAUCAUUCUAUGAUACCUUCCACACAACAGCUGAUGUGAUGUACUUCUGUCAGAUGAUGGCUGUGCUGGAGGUGAUCAACCCCUUGUUAGGCUUAGUCAAGACUGGCUUUUUCCCAGCCAUGAUACAGGUAGCAGGGAGGAAUGUCAUUUUAUUUGUCAUCUUUGGCUGCUUAGAAAAGAUGCAGAACAAACCAGUUGUCUUCUUUGUGUUCUACCUGUGGAGCACCAUUGAAAUCUUCAGGUACCCUUUCUACAUGCUGGCCUGCAUUGGAACCGAGUGGAAGCUGUUGACAUGGCUCAGAUAUAGUCUUUGGAUCCCGUUGUAUCCACUUGGGGUUGUCGCUGAAGCUGUGGCUGUGAUCCAGUCCCUCCCCAUAUUUGAUGAGACACGUCUGUUCAGCCUCCCCCUACCUGUGCUGCUGGGGCACUACUUGAGCUUUUCAUAUGUUCUGCAGCUCUACUUGGUUCUCAUGUUUCUUGGACUCUUCAUCAAUUUUCAAUAUUUAUACAAGCAGAGGAGGAGACGUUACCGAUCAAGAAAAAGAAAAGUUCACUAA